UUUGCAGAAUCACCAGUAUAUCCUCCUAACAUAUUUCGGAGGAGGUUUCGAAUGAGUCGUUCUCUUUUUUUACGUAUUAAAUCUAAUCUAGAAGAGAAAGAUGAAUAUUUUGUUCAAAAAAGAAAUGCUACCGGAUUGCUUGGUUUGUCUUCCCUUCAGAAGAUGACUGCCGCACUAAGGAUGCUUGCGUAUGGAGUAGCGGCAGAUUUUACAGAUGAAUAUGUGAGAAUUGGAGAAAGCACUGCAAUAGAGAGUCUCAAAAAAUUUGUUGAAGCCAUAGUCGAUAUUUAUUCUACAGAGUACUUGAGGUCUCCAAAUAGCAAUGACAUUGCUAGGUUGCUAAGAGUUGGUGAAAGGCGUGGAUUUCCAGGGAUGCUAGGAAGCAUUGAUUGCAUGCACUGGAAAUGGAAGAAUUGCCCAUCGGGGUGGAAAGGUCAGUAUACUGGUCAUAGUCGUGAGCCAACAAUUAUUUUGGAAGCAGUAGCAUCAUAUGAUCUUUGGAUAUGGCAUGCAUUUUUUGGGUUACCUGGGUCUCAUAAUGACAUCAAUGUGCUAGACCGUUCUUUUAUAUUUACCAACCUUGCUCAAGGUCGUGCACCUUCGGUGAAUUACUCAAUCAAUGGACAUGAUUAUACAAUGGGAUAUUAUCUUGCUGAUGGUAUAUAUCCUUCAUGGUCCACUUUUGUAAAGACAAUCUCCGUUCCACUGGGUAGAAAGAAUAGUCUUUUUGCUACAACUCAGGAGUCAACAAGGAAGGAUGUAGAGCGUGCGUUUGGAGUACUUCAAGCACGAUUUGCAAUCAUUCGUGGGCCUGCACGUCUUUGGAAAACAGAGGCUCUUGAUUACAUUAUGAAGGCAUGCAUAAUAUUGCAUAACAUGAUAAUUGAAGAUGAACGUGAUACUAAUGGAGCAGAAGACUUUGAUUAUGAACAAUUGCCUGAAAGCAUCCCUACAACAGUGUCCCAUGAGCCUGCAGAAGAAUUUAGUCAAUUUACGGCAUUCAUUGCAGCCCAUGAAAAAAAUUAGAGAUACAGAAACUCAUUUUCAACUCCAAUUGGAUCUCAUUGAGCACUUGUGGCAACGAUAUAGUGAUUCGAUGUAAUUUGAAAUUUCUCUUCAUUUAUGUUAGUUUUCUAUAGGUAAAAUUCGAUGUAAUUUGAAAUUUAUCAUAUCUAUGUUAAUUUUGAAAUUUAUCAAGUC